CAUCUCUUCAGUUCCAUCUACACGUCUUACUUGGCCAACUGGUACCUGGACCCCCUUAUGGAUUUCUGAAUAGCUUCUUACCAUGAGUGCGGACUCACAGACGCAGCAACGAUGGGUGCCUCCCAGCAGGCGCAGAGACAAGCCGAUCUUGUCGUGCAACCUUUGUCGCCGUCGGAAGCUGAAAUGUGAUCGCCAACAGCCGUGCAAAGCUUGUGUCGGUCGCGGCUUGUCUCUUUCGUGCACAUAUACCCGCGUUGCGCAAAAGUCACCAGCCACAGCGGAGGCGGGUGCAUCAAGCAACGUCUACGAUCGAAUCAACCAACUGGAGAAACUCGUCACUACGCUUAUGGAAGCAAAUCACACUGGAUCACCUGGUAGUGCUUCAGCACAUUCGAAUUCCACGCCCGUUGUUAAUACCAGAAUCGCCGACGAGCCUACCGAAGCUGAUAUCCCUCUGGCCCCCGAUAAAGUAGAGCUCAACAGCGACGAGACGCGGUAUGCGAACAGCGGCCACUGGACAAGUAUCUUAGAUGGCAUUGCUGAGUUGAAAGAGCACAUUGACGAGAUUCCUACCGCAGCCCAAAGCCGUAACAUGGUGGAGGAUGACGACGGUGCCUCGGAGCUGCUCCUCGGCGUUCACUCCGAGGCUACCCACGAGGAGAUCCUUCUUGGUCUACCCCCAAAGGCUGAAGCAGAUGCAAUGCUGGAAAGGUUCUUCGCGCGUGUUGAAGUAACCACAUUAAUCAUUCACCGACCGACAUUUCUUCGUGCCUACGAAAGAUUCUGGAAAAGUCCUAGGGAAACGCCCAUAAUGUGGUUGGGAUUUUUGUAUGGCAUAUUCACCAUCUCUACUCACUUUGCCUCCAUUGUGACUGAAUAUCACUCUGGAAUCUCAGUACCUUCUGAAAUGACUAGAUCUACAGCUCGGAUCGACUUCUACCGCGAAAAAGUGGUACAGUGCCUGAUUUUGGCAAAAUACCCCAAGUGCCCACCCUACACACUUGAGGUAAUGGUACUCUAUUUUAUGAGCGAAUAUUUGCGUUCCCGAGACGUGCAGUUUGGACAGUGGCUGCGUGUGGGGAUGAUUGUUCGCACUGCCUUCAGAAUGGGAUACCAUCGCGAGCCAUCACGAUUCCCAAACAUUUCUCCUUUCCAAGCUGAGAUGCGGAGAAGACUCUGGACGAUCAUACUCCAGGUUGACUUGAUGUCUUCCGUUGCAGUAGGACUGCCGAUAAUGGUCUCACACUCUCUUCCCGAUGUGAGGGAGCCACGUAAUCUUGAGGAAGACGACAUGUAUGAGGAAAUGACCGAACUUCCUCCCUCACGACCAGAUACAGAUAAGUCAAUUAUGCGUAAGACUGUCUUCUCCUACUAUAUCGUGAUAAAUCCACUUUAUUGCGUUGCACGAAAUCGCCUCCUACGCGUUCUCGCAAAGAUACAAGAUCACACCAACGCUAGUGAACAGCACGGCUAUCGCGAGGCUCUGGAGCUAGACGCUAAUUUACGAACUGUAUUCGAGAGCAUUCCACCUGCAUUGAGAUGCUACCAAGUACGGAACUUUGAUGUCGAAUCGGACAUUGCGAUGCGACAACUGUACAUAGGUAUCACAUAUCUCAAGAGCUUGAUGAUGAUCCACCGGCCGUUCUUGCUGCUUGGGCGCGAGGACAGUAGGUACGAAUACUCGAGAAUGAUGUGUCUGGAUGCGGCACUAGAGAUUCUCGAUUUCCAGACCCUACUGGAAUUCGAAUCUCGCACAGACUUCAAACGGUGGUCGGCGAAUUGGAAAAUCUGGACCGCAAGUUGGCGACUUUCAUCGUUGGUGAAUCAGGAUUUUCUGUUAGCGACUGCGGUACUACUGCUCGACCUCAACAAGGAUGUUGUCAAACCCUUACCUUACCCGGACGCCAAACUACCUCGAAUGCGGAUGGAAAGAGGCCAGCCAAGUCGCUCGGAGGUCGUCGGUGCAUUGAUCAAAGCCAAUUUUGUGUGGAACCUGGCAAGUGCGAAAUCCAAGGAGGCUGCCAAAGUAACUACCGCCAUCAAUCUGGUUCUUGGGAAAGUCAACGCCGCGGGUGUGCCUGGCGGAGUCGUAUCAGCCGCCCAUGUACCUACUUCCUCCCCGCCAAUCGAACAGCAUGUUUCAGACACGCAGCAAAUAUCCGAUCUAUCUCCUGGGGCUUCCGCCAACGUUUCGCCUUACUUCGACUUCAACAAUAUCGGAAACUCGCCAUCGUUCCCAAUGAACGAGAUUCCCAUGAUGGGCUUCGGUGACGGCUUUGAUUGGGGAGGUCUCGACUCUCAAUUCCCACUGCCGUCUUUCGACCAGAAUAUGCCCACAUAUUUUGGGUAA